AUGACAACACAGAUGCAGGAGCAGAGGGUGGACAAUCUGGAGUUUGGCCUCCUAGUUCACACCAAUGGACAGAGUCGAGAAACACGGAGAGCUCUCAAUGAAACGGACCGCCUCCUCACCCCCUUACCGGCUGCCAACCCAGGACACUCCCCCGCGCCCUCGGAGGGGUGCCUACCUGUCCGCAACACAACGGCGGGUCGCGUCCGGAGGGUGCAGGAGCGCUCGCGCGUGGAGCCAGGGGGCUGGCGCCAGGUCGUGGGCGUCGCCCUUCCCCUGGGCAGCGCCGCACACCUGGGCGGCCAGCGGCGAGUCCCGGGCAGCCGCCCUGCCCGCGGCGUUCUGCCCAUCUUGCAGGGAAGUGGUCAUUGUCGCCAACAGGGGGUCGUGGGCGUCAUGGGCAACCCAGCGAGUGGGGAAAAGGGAUCCGGCGGUGCGAGGCGAGGUGGCGGCUCCGCAGCUCGAGCGUUCUGCAGGAAAGAUGGCCCAUAUACAGAGAAGUUCACAAAGGAAAACCCAGGACAACUUCUCACAAGGGUCUCUCAUUGGCUGAACCAAGCUGGAAGCCAGGACUCAAGAUUACCCACUUUUGGAGGCUAUAAAGCUCAGCUUCCAAGAACAUAAAACGGGAUGAAGAAGUUUCAGACUAGAUCCAGAGAGGUAAAUGGGACAUGAAGGAUAUAGAGUGAAGAAACUCACCCGCAAAAAUUUCCUUGGGACACUCAUUUAGCCUUUGCCCUGAAGAAAGACACACCCUCCUCUCUCCUGCUUUCUACACCUCCAUGAAGAAGAGCUAGACAACUACGGCAGGACAUUAUGAAGACUGUGGUUUCUGUAUUAGUUCUCAUCUACAUUCUCUAGAUUUUUUUUUUUUGGUGGUGGUGGUACUGGGGUGACCUACCACUGAACUACAUCUCCAGGCCUUUUUUAAAUUUUGAGACAGGGUCUCACUAAGUGGCCCAGACUCAAACUUGAAAUGCUCCUGCCUCAGCCUCCCAAGUAGCUGGGAUCAUGGGUAUGUGCCAGCACACCCCAAUUCUCUUAUUUAUUUGGUGAGGGUGGGGGAAAACCAGGGAUUGAACUCAAGGGCACUCAACCACUGAACUGCAUCCCUAAUCCUAUUUUGUAUUUUAUUUAGAGACAGGGUCUCACUGAGUUGCCUAGCACCUCGCUAUUGCUGAGUCUGGCUUUGAACUCACAAUCCUCCUGCCUCAGCCUCCCAAGUUAUUGAGAUUUCAGGCAUGUGCCACCAUUGCCGGGCUCUCUUAUUCUUUUGAUUAAAGCUAUAUAACUCUUCUAACUACACCCAUGACAGUUAUUUUGGAGAAGCUGUGUCUAGAAACUUGGCGGUUCCCCUCACUGGAAGUCCACCUUUUCUGGAAUAGGGAGCAAUCUUCUAAAGAAUCUUAAUGUGCUAACAUAAUUUCUUAAAAUAAGACAUCAGAGCACUGUCAACUAUAUAUAAUUAUAUAUAAUGAACCAAAAGUCAUGUUCUGCACCUGGCUCAUGUUGUGGAAAAUAGACCCAACAUUUUAAACUAUUUAUAAGACUCUGGACUCUUUCAGUUUAUAAUUCAAAAAUGACCCCUUACAUAAAAGAGUAAACUUCUGGCAUCCUCUCAAUUAGGAUUUAAAUGCUAGAAAAAAGUUUCCCUCAAGUACUAGUUUGACAAUGUUGAAAAUAAACCCACUGUCACCCAUCUGAUAAAGAAAACUUACCCUUU